AUGGCGUCGCAAUUGAUAUGGCAGCGUUGGGAAAAGCGAGCGUUGUACGUCACCGAUGAGCUCCAGAAGGCGAAAAACGUGGAGGCAAAAGACCGCGCUCGCCGUACGAAUGAACGCAGCCAGCUGUUGAAAGUCCUGGGGGGUCGUCAAUCGGAGUGGCGAACGAAACGAUUGGGAUUUCAGUCGAGCCAGGCACCAUCUCUUGCGGUGUACAGAGAAAUAUGCAAGACUGUCUUCGUCGAAGCAGGUAUAUUUGUACCCGCAUUUGCGCAGAAUCAACAGGCACACUUGUGUCGACACAUCCAUUGGAUGACGGCAGAAGACAACCAGUUAACGUAUCUGAAACGAGACUGUCUCGACUUGGCCCAUUCGUUGGAAAAGACUGUCCGAAUUCUUCGAGAGGAGUGCACAGAGAUUGAGAUUCGCUACUUGAAUCGAAUAUUUCUGAUUGAGCGGGAAAUUCGUGAAUUGCAGUCGAAGCUCAGCGAGUACCCGUUGAUUGACGCGUCUCGGUACGGUUGUGACAAGAGAGAGUGUGACCGCGCUGCUCCCGCCUGUGUGCAUUCGGGCGUAACACUCGAGACUUUGAGUCUCCACGGUAGCAGCUGUUCGUCGUUGCGUACGGAUAUGUCGUCCAGCGACGAGGACUCGGAUUGA